AUGUCCGUAAUCGAAAUAACAAGCCAGGACCAAUUCACUCAAUUAACCACCACAAAUGCUGCUAAUAAACUCAUUGUCUUGUAUUUUCAAACUCAAUGGGCGGAGCCAUGUAAAAACAUGAACCAGUUGGUUGAGGCCAUCGGCAAAGAAGUUAUUCAAGAGGAUGUGCGGUUUCUGUCAAUCGAUGCCGACAAGAAUCCUGAGAUAUCAGAAGUUUUUGAAAUCGCAGCUGUACCAUAUUUUGUCUUCAUUCGAAACGGUAAUAUUGUGAAAGAGAUUUCAGGAGCCGAUCCAAAGGAGUUUGUUAGAAGUCUGGAAUCUCUUUCUAAUGGUCCCACCUCAAUAGCGCACAAUGCUAAGGGGCCUAAAUCCACUUCAGACAUGGAAAACAGUGGAUCUUCCGACGAUGAGGAGGAAGAAACGGAAGAAGAAAUAAAUGCAAGGUUGGCGAAGCUAGUACAGGCUGCUCCCGUAAUGCUUUUCAUGAAAGGAAGCCCAUCAGAACCUAAAUGCGGAUUCUCUAGGCAGUUGGUGGGCAUCCUCAGGGAACAUCAGAUAAGGUUCGGCUUUUUCGAUAUACUGAGAGAUGAUAACGUUAGACAAAGCUUAAAGAAAUUCUCUGAUUGGCCCACUUUCCCUCAGUUGUACAUAAACGGGGAAUUUCAAGGUGGUUUGGAUAUUAUUAAGGAAUCUAUAGAAGAGGAUCCUGAGUUUUUCCAGCAUGCUCUGCAGUAA